AUGGCAGCAGCUCAACCCACCAACGCCAUGAAGCACGAGCAACAGCCGUUGGAAGAGCCCAUCCACUGUCCUGACCAUCUCGACGGAGUCGCAUAUCUCUAUGGCCAUCCUCUGCUCAACUCCCUCUCACCACCUCUCCAUCACAUCGUCUACACCACCCUCGGUCUGAACUGGGCGCAAAUCCCUCUCUCCAGCGUUCACGGCACCUCCGAAACCUACCCUCCUCCAUACACCCGCUCCCCUGCCAUCCCCAAAUAUCUGGCCUCCAUCCGCUCCAACCCCAAAUUCGUCGGCUCCUCCGUCACCAUGCCGUGGAAGGUCAGCAUCAUGCCGCACCUAGACGAUCUCACCGAGGACGCCCGGCAAGCCGGCGCCUGCAACACCGUCUUCCUCCGCCCCGAGGCCGACGGCUCGCGCUCCUACGUCGGCACAAACACCGACUGCAUCGGGAUCCGCGAGGCCCUGCUCCAGAACUCGGCCGGCGAAGCGUCCUUCCGCAACAAGCCCGCCCUGAUCGUCGGUGGCGGCGGCACCGCCCGCACCGCCAUCUACGUGAUGCGCAAAUGGCUCGGCGCCAGCAAGAUCUACAUCGUCAACCGCGACGCCGCCGAAGUCGCCGCCAUCCUCGAGGAGGACGCCCAGCGGAACCCGAACCCGGACAAAGCGCCGCUCGUCCAUGUCGCGGAUCCGGCGGUGGCGGCUGCGCUCGAGGCCCCUGCGGCAAUCGUGUCGGGGAUUCCGAAUUAUCCUCCCAAGACGCCGGAGGAGAUCCAGGCGAGGGAGGUGCUCCGGGCGUUUCUGGGUGAGGCACCGGCUGCGUCGGCGGAGUCGUUCACGGGUGUGAUCCUGGAGAUGUGCUACCACCCUGUGCCGUGGACGGAGAUUGCGCAGCUUGCGUCGACGGCGGGGUGGAAGGUGAUUCUGGGGUCUGAGGCGUUGAUCUGGCAGGGCUUGGAGCAGGCGCGUCUGUGGACGGGCAAGGAUGUGGUCGCUGAGCCGGGACUGGUGGAGAAGGUCAAGGAGGAGGUCGCCCGGCUGAUCGCAGAACGGGUACCAUCCAAAUCCCAUCUGUAG